ACACCUGAGCAGGUGGAGGAGAAGAGGGAAGGGAAAUAAAAGUAGAAGAAGAAGAAGAACUGAACAGGUAAGAGCAGGCUUCUUCCAGGACUGGAGAUAAUGACCAUUCUCCAAUUCACUUCAGGUUGGGCGGGGCCAUGUAAUUAAGCAGUGACGUCAUUGACGCAGCAGGUGUUUCUCGGGUUAGUGGCUUAAUUGCAGCAGCAUCUCAACUUCCGGUUCAUCUUCUUUUUAAAAGUAUUUUUUCCCUUCCAGUGUUUAGUGAUCAGUGGUUAGUGAUUAGUGUGUGUGGGGCUGAAAUGGGUGGCGCGCGGCUGCUCUUCUCUCUGCACGUGUGUGUGUUUGGUUUGCUGGGGUGUGUGGUGGAUGUAGCUGGGAGAGGAGAUGAUCAGAGAUACAGCACCAUCACAUCACAGGAGCAGGAGCUUUACACCGAGCUGAGGCCGGAGAUCAGGGACAGUGACGUUAUCCAUCCUCCUCCUCCUCCUCCGCCUCCUCCUUACCUCCUCCUCCCCAUGUUCCGCCAUCACUCCGCUCCUGCAGUUUCUAAGGAGCUUUUCAGUCCUGUAGCCAGAAGAAGGGUGUUACCGAGAGUUCUGUCGAAUAUUUUGAUCCCACAAGUCCGCCAGCCUCACAUCCGGGUCACUCCCGUGAAUAAUAAUCACGGUGUGGAGGUGUGGUGUGGCUACAGCAAGGUCUCCGUUCGAAUUAAUCAGGCUCUGCUGAGCUUCCGGAGCUCCGCCGCUCAUUUCCGGUUGGGAACAUGUCCGGCGUCACGUGCUGACGGGAGCGUCCUGUAUUUCCAGUACGAGCUGAAUGAGUGUGGGAGUGUGCUAUCGGUAAUAAAUGGGCAGCUCUUGUACGCCAAUGAGCUUCUCUACAGGCCAGCGAGUCAGGGAGCAGUUAUCAGAGCCGUGCCGCUAGUGCUACCCAUCCAGUGUGUGUACGAUCGAUUUCACUAUUCGUACAAAAUCGGCUAUUUGCCAGAACUUCGUCCGCAGUCAUUUCAGAAGACGUUGGUCAGGAAGCACGUCUUCAGUCUCUCUGUGCGUAACGAUAAGUGGGAGGAACUCAGGGUGAACAAGAGCUACGUCCUCGGAGAGCCUAUGUACUUUGAAGUCAACACAGGAAUCAUAUCGAAGGACAAGAGCGUUUACGUCGAGGCCUGUCACGUUACGGCGAGUGAGGAUUCCAACUCCACCCAGCGCUAUGAUGUCAUCAGCAACUUUGGCUGCAUGGUGGACAGUAAGAGGACAGGAAGUCAGUCGCGCUACGUCUCGAGGAAGAUGAACAUCCUUCGCUUUUCACUCGAUGCGUUUUCGUUCGCCGAGGCGGCUUCAGAGCGUUUUUAUUUGCACUGCACUGUUCUGGUUGGAAACGCGUCCGCGAGCACCACAGCGAAGUCCUGCACCUACAGCGAGUCUGAGCACAGGUGGGAGGAGCUGGACGGAGACGCCGCCGUCUGUAGCUGCUGCGAUUCUCAGUGUCGGCCUCCGGGGUUCAACGCGUCGUCCUGUGUGGAGCAGGCCGUGGUGACCAGCAAGCCGUGGAGUUUAAUCCACAGUGAAGUUCUUCCUGAAACCUCUGACGAGUGGCUGAACACGGUGCUGGGUUCCGUCCUGUUACACCAUCAUCAUCGUCGUCCUGAGGGGGAGGAGGAAGAGGAGUCACAGGAGGAAGAGGAGGAAGAGGAGGAAGAGGAGGAGAUACAUGAGAAGGAGGAGUUGUGUGUAGGGGAGGAGUUAGAGGAGGAGGUUCUGAUUGGUGUUGCAGAGUCUGAGAAUGAUGAAAUGAUGAUGACGGACGAGGGGAUGGAGGAAGGAGAUGCAGGGAACAUGGCGGAAGAUGGAGAGAAAGAGAAGAAAGAGGAUGUUGAUGUUCAGAAAGAGGAAGGAGAGAUGCAGAAGAACGUGACAGACUUUGUGGCGAAGUUCUCAGAGGGAAUCUGGGAAGACGAGGAGUCGCUGAAGGAGAACGUGUCCGUGUACGUCACUGCAGCGGAGACGGACUUGGGUUUCUGAGAUGAGCGAGGUGGAGUAACGAUCGCUGAGCGAGUCCUGCGUCUCCGUCACACCACGUCUCGCCCCAGGCAGGAAUAUCUCAACAUCUGGAGGGUUUACAGUAUUUAACACACAAUACUGGAUAAACAUAAAGCACAGUAUUAGACUGAUGUUGUCUUGUGGUUGCUAAAAUGUGUUUUUGUGCUGCUCUGAGAUUCCUAAUUCCUGCUCUGCUCUUCUCUGAUCCCUUCAGGAAUCCUGCUGGAGAUACAGGAAAAAAAUCACCUGAACUUUCAUACUAAAGCUCUUGUACAUGAUGAGAACCGUCCGGACUCUGACCUUUACAUCUCGUUUAUACAGAGCCUGUAUAAUAAAUAAAUAAAUAAAAUGAAUGUAAACUGCUAAGCCUGGGUUUCUCAGCCGCUGAGAUUAACAGCGAAAAAAAGUUUACACAUUAGGCUUGUAUUAAAAUAUAAAAAAUAUAUCACUUUUACUAAAGCACAAGCUUCAAAUCAUUACACACGACUGAUAUAAAACCUUCUGGGGGGAAAAGAAGCUUGCAGAGUUUUUAUCCUUUUUAAAAUACAUUUCAUUCAACUUUGUAACAAGCGUGUAAAGUAAAUAAAGACGUAAAUAAAUUUCAUUACAGAGAAAUAACUUUCAAAUUCAUCAAACAAGUGCAGAGUAUUUUAUCUAAAACUAACAGCCACUACGAAAGAGAACGAAACCUGUUUUAAAGCCUGAUCACUUCAUUCAGGGAAAGUGACAUUAACAUAAAAAUUGUUCUUUUAUGUGUAAUAUAUUUAUAAGAAUUGUUUUACCUUUUUUAUUGUUAUUUAUAAGAAUAAUUUUAUUUUCAGACUCUGAGACACAUCAGGCCGAAACUGGAAUAUACACACGACUAAUUAGGUUCAUUUUUUUCUUUAAGUUUGUGUAUUUUUUUUUUAUUAUUUAGAAAGUAGUUUCCUGUAAUAAUUAAGGUUAAUAUUUUUGUAGAGAAUAAUCAGCUCAUUGCAGGAUAAAUGUCUGUAAUCGGUGUUUAUUCUAAAUCUUUGCUUACAGGAAAAAAAAAAUUGUAUGAAAUUAAAAUUUAUACAUGUAGGGUUUGUGUUUUUUUGGACACUUUAUGUUUAACAUAUCACAUUUUAUGUUUACAUGAUGUCUUUUUCAUUUAUGUGAGGUCACAUGAUACGAGCUCAGAGUGUAACAUAGUGAAAUUCACCUUCACAUUGUGUUUUUUUUACACAUGAUAGCAUAUUAAUCACAAUCGUGUGACAUGUACGUGAUUUUUCUGUAAGAGUUUCUCACAGAAUGUGUUGUGUGUCUAAUCUUAUAAGUAGUGACCUGACCCUUGACCCCUGAGCCCUGAGCCCCAGGGCUGAAGUGCUUCUGUUUUUCCCGAGUCGACAGAAUCACAGAGCUGGUUUUA